AUGGUUCUUAGUUCUUUUAAAGGAUUAAAAGGGGUUCAGAUCAAUUUACAUCAUGCGCGAGCGGCAGUGUCUCAAUUACAGCAACGUUAUAAUGAACAAAACUAUUCCUUUGCGCUCAUACAAGAGCCUUAUCAUGUUUAUAAUAAAAUAAAAGGAUUUUCUUCACUUCACAGAGUGUACUAUUCUGAUAAAGAAGUUCCUUUGGCAGGAAUUGUCAUUUUUGAUAAUGCAAUUUCGGUGGUAGAAGUUUUUACUUCAAAUUGUUUGGUCAUACUGAAAGUGAACUUUGGAAAUAAUGAUUUAUUGUUAAUAUCUGCUUAUUGUUCCCCAAACGCAGACUUGGCUAAAUUUCUGGGAGAACUUUCUAUGAUAUUAGAUAAAAAUAUGACUAAAGAUAUUUUAAUUGGAGCAGAUUUUAAUGCAAAGAGUGAUGUUUGGGGUAUCCAGGAAGAAGAUUCUCGAGGCAAAUUGAUUUUAGAAUUUGUUAAUACAUAUGGAUUACAUAUACUGAAUAGUUCUGAUUCAAUUCCCACCUUUGAGGGAAGUAGAGGCUCUUCUUGGAUAGAUUUGACAUUGACUAAUUCUGCAUAUAAUAUUGAUUGGAAAGUCGUUUCUGACAUAUCUUGUAGUGAUCAUAACUACAUUGAAAUAGAUAUCAAUGAGACAAGAAGUUCUUCAAGAAUUAAGAAGAGAUAUAAUCUUAAUAAAUUAAAUUGGAUUGAUUUUAAGAAGGAUCUGAUGUUUUUACUGUAA